AUGGACUGUACCCCGAGGCCGACGGUGGGGCCUGGCGCCGCUCCCUUCGGCGCAGAAGUCCGGUCACGCAGCUGUCUGUGGCUUCGAUUUUCCAACAUUAUCUUCUUUUUGUCUGUGGCAUGUUCACUGACACCCUUUUUUUUCCAUGCUAGAGCUGACGAAGCCAACAAGAAGCCCGGAAGAUCGCCCGGCCCGAGCGGAGGACGACGAACUGGAGCGCGCGUCCCUGAAGCUGCUCCAAGGAGGGGAAACGGUGAAAACGGCGCGAAACCCCCACAACCGGAAACAGUUGAUCCCUUGAACAGAAGCGAGCAAGAACGUGGAGAUGUCCGUUUCGCACAGGGAGAGGGAAGAGCGAACCAUACUGGUAAUCAAGGAACGAAAGUCGGCGCUUCCGGAAACCGCCAGGUAGAACAGGGACAAGGCGCCAAGGCAGGUGGGCGGGUCACAACACCCUCUUCAGAUGUAGGAAGAGGUACGGGAGACCCUGGCAGGAGAGAUGCCAAAGAAACUGCGUCACUGGUCCCACAGCUUACGAGAAAGCAGGAAGAUGAAGAAUUGGAGACCUUUGAGCGCGAAAUGUUUGAUAGGAUCUACGCUGCAGAGUUGAAGGCACUGGGAAAACCCAAAUGGACCGAUGAUUUUUAUCUAGACCGUGGCGGUCCACGCAGGGAGUACCUGAUGCACAUCAGGCCGCCACGCCCGGGUCUACUUAGGGCGGUGUCGCUCAUGACUUCCGUUGCGUCGCUGGUGCUUUCCUUAAGAAUGACCAGAAAUCUUUGGGGGCUUAUGUUUGGCCUCAGCUGCCUUGCCGCAAGCUACGGAUUGUCCUUCCUGUACGGGGUCCACAGAGGGAAGGGGUUUGAGGAGCUCGCCAAACAACUCGAGGACGGCGAAUGGCAGCAGCGAACUCCCAAGGAGAAGAGAAAUCUCGAGAUGACAUAUUUCCAAAACCUCCUCAAGGGUUACAGGCCUCGACUCCAGGGAUCCUCCUUUCUAGCAGGGUUAGCCCUACUCCUUUUGUCGCCCCUCGCCCCCUUCAAUCGGCUGAUCCGUUCCCCUAACAACAUAGCUUUCAACGUGGCUGCCUUCCUCGAGGAACGUGCCUUGGUGGUCAUUGCUCUAAUCAUGAUGGCGGUUGGAGCGGGUAGGUUCCUGAGGAGCGUCUCGAGGCGACGCCGUUUCGAUUCUGAAUCCCGAAGAAUGUUUCGGACUCACUUUGCAGCGAAUGCGAAAAACAGGCCUUCUGUACCCGAAAGCGACACAGGCGCGGGAUUUGGCACAGAAGCGCACCGGGAAGAGAACGUGGAAGCUAAUGUUUCACACGCGGUUGCAUACAGUAAGGUGCCCUAG